CUCGGAUCUCCAACAGCCUGCCAUCUUUCUCAACACCUUUCGUCACUUCAUUUCAUUGAUUUAUUGUUUCUUUCUUACACUCGCUAUAUAAAAACAUCGUUGACGUUUCAAGCAUUGUAACUGGUCCUGUCAAUCUCCACCGUUUUCACGAUCCCAACGGCGUCGAGUCACUGCAUCCACUUCCGCGGUCGACCAAAUCUCUCGCUUGUAGCCAAAAUAAACCUGCCAUCACAGUCUGACAUCAACGCUUGGUCCAGCCACGACUAUCAGAAGACUCUCUAUCGCUCCAACUCAGUGGCCCGAGUGUAUAGGGCGUGUAUCUCAGUUGCUGCGGCCAGGAGUUGUCGAGACUGUGUAAGGAUCAUAGAUUGGUCUUUUUGUUAUGGGGUUUGCUGCUGAUCACAUCUUAUGCAGGUUGCCGUACGCGAUCCAACUCCUUUCCAUGGUCUUGUCCUAGUCUCGACUUGCAUACCCAUCCCUUCUUGCUCUUUGGUCACGGUCCUGAACCGUUGACCGUACAGUCAGCCAGACACCGAGCUCUCCUUGCCCUGCUGCCCCGGUCGGGUACCUGCGACCGGUCGAAACCACCUUCAUGCCAAUCAAACUGCCAAAGGGUUUCCAAAGAAGAAAAUCCUCUGCAAAUGCCUUGGACGAGGUGCAAAAUCCUCCGGGAGCUUCAUCUUCCUUCAGAGUCUUGGACAGGCCAGCGAGUAAAGGAAAGUCUUUCGAUGGGGGUGUGUCGUUGAGGACGGGCGGGUCUCCCGUCCCAAGGCCUCCUCCGAAAGAUCAAUUUGGCGACGAGGAGGGCGAAAUGUUUGCAAGUGGACGUCUCGAUGCAGGUAACCGUGGGAGCGCCGGUACUGAACACUCGCAUUCGACUGCACAAAACGACAGUGCUGCAUCCUCUGCACGCCUGAGCACUUCUUCGACAAAUCCAUCUUCCGUCGACACGCGUUCAGAGAAGAAUAUACAAGCCCCUGGAUCGGGACCCUUCAAUGACAUUCCUGUGCCGCCUCCUUCAUCGGCACGGCAUGGGUUCCUACGGAGUCCACCCCGUGCCCUUUCUUUCGGCGUCAACAAGGGCAGCCGAUCAUCGCCAACCUCAUCACCUAGCGGCCUACCCCCGCAGACUGAUAAAACUAGGAGCAGGGCUGUUACGACGAGCACAGCAAGCACUGUUACGCCCCCACGGUUGUUCGAUUCCGACCUUGCAUUGGAGAACUCCGAACUAGAUGGCUUCGGGAACAUGUUCGACCAUAUUGGGUCAAGCCCGGCCCCGGUUCGGCUUAUCCAGCAAGAGGAACCCACUUCCUCUCCGACAAGCUAUCCUCCUACCAGCUACUCCGGUGCAGCUCCUGUCCGCAUGAGUCGAGCACCGGCUCCGCGACCCAUUUUCACCGAUCGCUCACAAAUAGUCGAGUCCUCCCCUUACUCGUGGACUUCGAAAACCUCCCACGAUGGCCUGAUCCGCUCACCCAGUCCCUCCAGGACCAUCACCCAGGGCAGCCCGGUUAAAAAGCGGGAGCCAGUUGCGCAGAGCCCUCAGAAACAAUUGCCACAUACUAGAAUGCCCUCUAGAAGAGCAGUUGGCCAAAGAUCACCUUCGCAAGAUCAGGGCAUUGGGUCUCCGCCACCACUCCUGCAGGCGAAGUCAACAGACAGCAGUAGCAAUCUUCUAUCUUCUAGUCCGACCACAAUCUCGGCUGAAAAGAUGGAGGGAGGCCUAUCCCCGAGUUCGACGCACAGCGCAACCUUUGAUCCGUCCAUUGCGGCUGAUGCUCAACUUGCCCACAUGUAUCAAGAAACCCCGGCUGCACCUCCGAAACCAGUCUUCACAAACAAAGUCAUGACUCCGGCACAAUGGGAACGCUAUAAGCAGCAGAAAGAGAUGGACCGCAGACUGGGUGCUCUAUCAGACGAUAGCAGUUCGAAUGCCGAUGACGACGACGAUGAGGAUGAGAUGGAACGUGACCGUCAGGCGACCAAACAGCGGCGGAAGCAAGAGGCUCACCUCGCUGUUUACCGGCAGCAAAUGAUGAAGGUCACUGGUGAAAAGACCCAAUCUCGACCCGAAAGUAGUCUCAGCAUCUCGCGGCCUGGCAAUGGGAGCUCCACCGAGCUCAACAACCGACUUUCGAGUAUGACCCUGGACCCAAAUCAAGCUGGCGGAGAUGAUGUAGACGAGGAUGAAGAUGUUCCCCUCGGGAUCCUGGCCGCGCAUGGGUUUCCCAACAAGAACCGACCACCUACACGAUUGGCAACUUCGCCGUCAAAUUCAAAUCUUCGCAGCAUCAGCCACGCUCAAACGGCCCCUUCGGUGGUCAGCCAAGCUCCAGUUGUAAGCCAACCUCCGAAAGGCGGUAACCUGCCUCCAUUUGCUCGACAUCUUCCCCAAGAUCCAUACUACGGAGCUAGCCUCGUCAAUCCGUCAAAUCGGGAAUCUCUGUCCAUUCAUGCAGCUAGUCCGCCCCAGGGUACUGGAUCUUCGACUGCUCAUCCAAUUCAUCCCGCUGGACUUGUUGGCGUCAUUGCAGGCGAAGAAAGAGCUCGUGCUGCGAGGAGAGGAAGUCCAAACCCGUCUGGAAACUAUGAUGUGCCUGGCAUGCCUCCACAUCCAGCAAUGGUCAGAUCGCAGACCACCGGGACGAUGCCUGGUAUGGGUUACCCUCCAACGGGAAUGCCAGGAAUGCCUCCAUUACUGACCCCAGGUGAUCAAGCUCAAAUUCAGAUGUCACAGCAAAUGAAUCAAAUGAUGCAGAUGCAGAUGCAGUGGAUGCAACAGAUGCAGCAGAUGAUGGGAAGCCAGUUCAAUCCAAAUCAGGCUAUGCCUCCUCAAUUUGCACCACCACGGCCACAAUCAAUGCACAUGCAGAAUCGACCGGCUUCUCAAGGAGGACAGAGGACUAUGAGUGUGCUCAACCCUAGCAUGGCGCCGUGGAACACCAACCAACCAUUCGUCCCUUCAAUCCACCUCAACGCCGACUACGCACCUUCGAUAGCACCUUCGGAGCGAAGCAAUAUUGGGCUUGCCUCUAGGUACCGGCCAGUCUCGAUUGCACCGGAGCCUGAAACGACUUCUAGCAAGCGCGCUUCCACAUUCACAUCUUCAAGUUUUCAACCGUGGGGUCGAAACCACAACAGCCCUCCGGUGCCGAUGCAUGCUGCCAGACCCUCCGCCAAUAUUCAGGGUAGGAAGUCCCCUCUGGCGGCCCAGGACGAUGAGGACGACGAGCAGGGUUGGGCUGAGAUGAAGAUGAAGAAAGAUAAGAAGCAAAAGACUUGGGCAGUCCGUAAGGGACAGAACACUUUGCAGGAAUUGUACAACACCGCAUCAUAGUAUGAUGCAUCACAACAACUAAGUGCCGUUUUCGAGUAAUUUGAGGAUCAGCAGUCUUCUACAACUCCACAGAUGAGGAGAUUUUUGGAAACUUCACAGGACCGACGACCGUCGGAAUCUUCUCAGAAUCAGCAUCCUCCAAGCAAGUAAUGAGCGGCAUCUUUUGGUUAUUCGGUUCGGACAAAGCGAUAGCAUGAAGGAUGGAUUGGCAAAAGUUUUUGAGUAAUUGGUAUAGGAUGAGGGACGUGUAACCCUCUUGGUUAUAUAGAAGGCGGUUGGACUUCUAAGAUACAUACUAUUCACAAGAUCAGGAUAAUUAAUACGUUGGCCUCGAAGACUGGAAAGACAUUCAAGACCUGGAGGGGAC